UGAACACACUCCCACUCCGGUAAAAGGGUGAGUGAACCGCCUCAUUGUUAUUUAUUGCAUUUGCCUCUAAUAAUACAUUAAUUAGCCGUUUUACGGACACAGCGAGUGCAAUAACAUAGGUCGCGACAGCCAUGCCGAUGUGAGUAAUUUAAAAGGUGUGGCACGACAAGGGGCGUAGUUUCUCAUCUAGUGACAUUAGUGGUGUGAAAAAAUAUUCUUCCUAACUCGUCGCAAGAUGACCGAGUACAAAUUGGUGGUGGUAGGCGCCGGAGGCGUCGGUAAAUCCGCAUUGACUAUACAGCUGAUACAGAAUCAUUUUGUGGACGAGUACGAUCCUACGAUCGAGGAUUCAUAUCGGAAACAAGUUGUUAUCGAUGGUGAGACGUGUUUGUUGGACAUCCUGGACACGGCGGGCCAGGAGGAGUACUCCGCGAUGCGGGACCAGUACAUGCGCACGGGGGAAGGCUUCCUGCUGGUGUUCGCAGUGAACAGUGCUAAAAGUUUCGAAGACAUUGGCUCGUACAGGGAGCAAAUAAAGCGGGUGAAGGACGCGGAGGAGGUGCCCAUGGUGCUGGUGGGGAACAAGUGCGACCUGCAGGCGUGGGCCGUGGACAUGGCGCAGGCGCGCGAGGUGGCGCGGAGUUAUGGAGUCCCUUUCGUGGAGACGUCAGCGAAAACCCGCAUGGGUGUCGACGAUGCGUUCUACACGCUCGUCCGAGAAAUCCGCAAAGACAAGGCGAGUCGAGUCAAAAGAAAUAGGAGAGGACGAACCAUAGGCCCUGGCAGGAAGUUCAGGUGCACCUUCCUCUAAUUCGGUAUAUAAUUUAGUGAUAAUAUUUGUGGAUAUUAUCUGAUGGCGAGGUCCCCAAGUCAAUCUUAUUGUCGACAAACACCGCUUGUAAAGUUUUUACUCUGCCGCCUUUUUUGUGACACUGACACUUCCGAUGACGAGAAGUAAAUCGAUAAAUGACAAUCGAUUUUUAACUUCGAUACUUUUUUUACUACAUUGAAUAGUUUUUUGUUGACAAUAAUAUUGACUUCGUGCCGGUAGACUAGAAUGACUACACAGCUUACAAAUAUGGAAUCCGGAACCUAUCACACAAGUCUUAAGGUUCAGUUUCCAUGGUCAUAGUGUAGCUAACUUUAGGAGACGCUAAAAGUAAUUUACUUUUAGCCUUAAUAAAAAUUAAUAUACGAAUAUUUGAUAUUUAAAUCGAUUCUUGACACUUAAUCCGAUUUAAUAAUCGAAGGCCCUAUGACUAUUCAGCCAUACAGUGCAAUACGAUAUGAAUGUAAUAUGAAAUCAAGACGAUUUAUAUCGAUAUUAUUAUUUAUCGAUUCGCUAUUGACUUCACAAAAUGUGAUGUUCGUUCCCUACCUACUUACAUUAAUUACACGCUUUUUACUUAUUUCUUACAAUUUACAAAGAAAAUAUUCUACAUAGCAUGUACCUACUUGUAUAAUAAUUAAUAUAAUUAGCUAAUCUCUGUGAGAAAUAUCCAUAAAUAUUAUAUGUAUAAUGUAGUAAUGAGGCAGUUAUGAAAUCUAAGGCAUUCUUCUGUGGCUGAGUAAAAAUAACUUUUUGUACAGUUAAAUAUUUCACAACUACUUUAUGCUUAUUUGUAUGAGAUAAUUCAGGCUUGUAUGUAUGGAAUUUGAGUUAUUUUUUGGGAGGGUAAUUGAAGUUACAAUUAACUGUAUCAAUUAGAACACAUCUCAUUCAAGACAUCUGAUAUGUUAGUGGGGAACCUGACCUCUGAAAACUGAUGAAAGAUAGACAAAAGAUUCUAAUUAUUUAUUUUUAAGUAUUAAACCCAAAUUAGGUAAUUAAGAAUCAUUUUUGAGAAAGAAUGCGCUAAGUAUAAUCAAUAAGUUUCUAAUUAUGAGGGUAAUCUGUCCUUACCUUAUUUUCUUCAUUUACCUAAAUCUAUGUUACCUAAACCAGAAUAUUUUCCCACUUUACCCGUGACGUGUAAUUAAUACUCAACUUACAAGCACUGGCGUCAAGUUCUCAAGGUGCUAUUUGAAGCAUAGUAUACUUGUAGCAGAAGCCAUGUGUUAUGACUAGGAAAUUCUUGUAAGUUUGGAUUUACGCAUGUUUUAUUAUAAAAUACAGUUGUACUUAUAAGGUAAUGUUUUAAAUUACCCUGAUGCCUUUGAAGGCAAAAAGGCAAACUGUUUCUAUGUUUUACCUAUUAAGGUAAUUUCUGAAAAUGACACAUACAUCAUGUUUACUUUCUGACCAUUUUUAAACCAAUAUAAGGGUAAAUCUGGUAAUAAUGGUUGUGCAUUAUUCAAGUACAAUUUGAUAUUGGUUGUAACAUUCUGUUUCAAAUAGUGCACAAUUAUUGGGUAGACCAUAGGCCAUACAACUGACUAAAUUACCCCAGGUAACCUGUUUUCAACUUGGUAAGGGUAAAAUAUUUUUCUGCAUAGCUCAACAAGACUUACCUAAUCAUAUGUAUGUAUAUUACAAAGUUUUCAGUUCUAAUGAUCUUCUUAACUUUAAAAUUCCUGUUUUUAAUAUACUAUCUUUGAUAAAAAUGGCUGCCAAGAUAGAGUGCAGCCAAUAUCAUAUACAAUCGUUAUUGUAGCAUAAUAUUAGGAGCAUUGUUAAAUGUUUUCUACUUUAGCUAGAAGCAAAUUUUCAGGCUAAAUUGAAGUUUGUACUACUUAUUACUUACGCUAAUAUUUUUUUUAUUUGUAUAAAAUAUGUUACAAACGAUAUUCAGAGAAUUGUAUAGUGUUCUUUUCCAUGAAAAAUCUAUCAGUUUGCCAAAAUUUCGUCUCAGUAGGCAAAUUAUACAAUUCCUGAAAGUACGUUUCUUAUUGCUCAUAAUUCGCCCUCUAGGAACUAACUUCUUAGGAAAUGCCUUUUUUCUUUAUUAAAGUCCGAAAAUGUAUGUUAAGACCCGCAAAUUGUAAUAAAAUAUAUCUGUAAUUAUUUUACUCAGCAUGUACAAUGAAUUAUUCAAACGAAUUUUUUAAAUCAAAUAUCAACAAUCAUUAAUUUUAAUAUUUUGACAGCGUUUUUUUAGUAUUUUAAGUUAAUAUUAUAAUGUUAGAUUCUAGUUUAAUUUAGUCUAAAAAUACACCAGGUACUUGCAACAUUUUUUGCGCAGUUUUUAUGACUUUACGUUCAUCUCAAUACAAAAAGUUUAAGGUGUUAAUUAACUUGUAAUAGCUUUUUAAAAUAAGUUUAAAGUAUACCUACUGAAAUAUGACUUGCUUUAGUUUUUACGGUCAUUUCCUGAAAUAAAUCAGCUCAUACUUAAUUAAGUCAUCUGUGUAUGUAUACCUACCUAUGAAUAACUUUAAUUUACCAUUAGGUGCCAAACUUAAGUACUUGGUAUAUUUUUACAAAUAUUGUAUAAUUUAAAUUACGAACGAAAAAUCCAAGCUGCCAUGAAAAUCGUCAUCAGCCAGAAUCAUUUUUGCCAUGAAUUUAUGUAUCUACCUACCCCCAUUUCGUAGCCAUAAUUUUGUAUUUAACGAAAAUAUUUUUAAAGCUUUGCAAUAAACAUUUACAAUACCUAUAAAAAUCUAUGUAACUAAUGCUGUAUAUUAAAUACCUAGCUAGUAAACGUUGUUCAAAUGAUAUCUUCUUUUUUCUUAAGUAGUUUUAAUUUUUAUGUCCCGAAAAAGAAUCUAAUAUUUGAUAAUAACGUUUACGAGCCAAGGCUAGUAUGUAAUAUUUUUUAUUAUAUUAAAUAUAAAUUUCAAAGCUAGUGCACAAUUUUGUUGGAAAUAGUUGAUAUUUUAUAACUAAUUAAUUCUGUAACAAUAUAGCACAAGACUGUGUGCUAAUUGAAAAUAAAUAAAAUUGACGACGCUAA